AGCCGUGCCCUCUCUCGCGCACACGCAUCACGUACACACAAACAGUCCCCAAUCCCUUUCGCCUCACUACGCCCCCACUACACAUAUAGCCCGUAGACGCCCGCUUCCUUGCAUCCCUUGCCAUCUUGAUCCCUCCCUCCCUCCCUCCCUCGCCCUUGGUAAGUGAGCAGGCGCCAAGAACCAGUCGCAGCAGCAGCAGCAGCAGCGCGCCUUCUUUCCACGCACGCGGCGGCGGCGCCGGACACGGCCACCAUGUCGUCGGGAGAGUUCCACUUCCACGACGAGCUGGCGUCGCUGUUCGCGCAGCGGCCGGCGGCGCCGGGCCCGGGGGACAUGAUGGCGCAGCAGCAGCAGCAGGCGCCGGCGUCGUGGUUCGCGGACUACUACCUGCACGCGGGCGCGCCGGGCGUGGGGAUGGACUACGACCUGCUGUGCCGCGCGCUGGACCUGCCGGUGCCCGGGGACGUCGUCGUCAAGAGGGAGCUGCUGGUGGUCGGCACGGGAGGCGGCGGGGGAGGCUUCGCCGCGCUCACGCCCACGCCCAGCGGGGGCGGCACGGCGCCGGUCACGCCCAACACCACGUCGUCGAUGUCGUCGUCCUCGAGCGAGGCCGCGGGCGGUGGCGGCGGAGGGGGAGGGGGAGGCGGCGGCUUCGGCGCCGUGGAGGAGGACUCGCUCAAGAAGGAGGAAGGGGAAGAAGGGGAGGAGAGCAAGGAGCUCGGCGGCAAGGGGGAGGACGACGCUGACAAGAGCAAGAAAGGGGCGGCGGCGGGGAAGGCCAAGGGCAAGGGCGAGAAGCGGCAGCGGCAGCCGCGGUUCGCGUUCAUGACCAAGAGCGAGGUCGACCACCUCGAGGACGGCUACCGGUGGCGCAAGUACGGCCAGAAGGCCGUCAAGAACAGCCCGUACCCCAGGAGCUACUACCGGUGCACGACGCAGAAGUGCCCGGUGAAGAAGCGGGUGGAGCGGUCGUACCAGGACCCGGCGGUGGUGAUCACCACGUACGAGGGCAAGCACACGCACCCCAUCUCGGCCACGCUCCGCGGCAGCACCCACCUCCUCGCCGCGCAGCUGCACCACCACCACCACGCCGGCGCCGGCGGCCACCACCUCGGCGGCGCCUUCCCGCCGCUGCCGCAGAUGGGCGCGCCGUUCGGGCGGCCUGGUGUCGGCGGCGGCGUCAUCGACGUGCUGGGCCUCCUGCCGCCCCGCGACGCCCACAACCACCACACCGUGCCGCCGGCGAUAGGCCUCGCGUCGUCCCAGGGCAUGAGCGGUCCGAUGAGCACCGUCGCGGGCGCGACCACCGCCGCAGCCACCACCACCGCCUCGUCGUCUCCCCCGUCGCUCCAGAUGCAGCACUUCAUGGCGCAGGACUUCGGGCUCCUGCAGGACAUGCUGCCGCCGCCCUUCGUCCACAGCAACGGCGGCAACAUCCAGCCCUGAAUUGAUGGUCAUCACCCCACCACAGGCAAUUAAGCUAAUGGACGGAGAAGGAAGCAAGCUAGAUAGAUACCAGUACUUAAUUUGGUUCUUGUUAAUGCUUAACCUCUUUAUUAAUCCCCUUUUUCCCCCACCGAUUUACUCCUCUCUAGAAUGAAUCGGUUCUUAUUUGUUUUUCCCCGCCUCCUGUGCCGCGAGACACAUGCAUGCCGCUACAGAGUUUCCUGGCGCCGGGUCUCGUGUACCAUUUCUAUGAUGAUCUAGCUAGUCCUUGCUGGUGUAUAGUACUAGCGGUUCUUGUACAUGUACCUAAUCAACCCCAGCUCAUGCAUGCAUUGCGCACUCUAGCUAUCUGCUGCAGUGCUGCCCGUGGGCUAUGAUAAUUUUAUGCUAGCUAGCUCCUCCUUGCA